UAAAAAAUAAAAGGAAUGUCUCAAAACACCAGCGAAUGAAUUAUUUUAAACUAAUUUCUACAAUUUAAACUUAAUAUGAACUUGGAAGAUGAGGAAUAUCAUUAUUCCAAGUUGAAAACUAAAGGGAAAAAUCAAACUUAUUUACCAAAAUUGGAGUUUCUGGAACUGAAACCUAGAACGCGACGUCAAGGAAAAUGUGUUGGUGCUGCUUUAGAAUAUUGUGAUUUGUUUGAAUAUAAUGUACAAAUGGAUAAAUCAGAGGAACAUCAAGCAUACACUUUCAUUAGCAAUGAUAUAUGGUUUCAUUUGGCCAAUUAUAUUGCCCCGGAAGACGUACAAAAUUAUUCUUUGAUAUGUAGUCAAAGUGCUAAUAGUGUAAAUUCCUGUAGAUUUUGGUUACAAAUGUAUCGCCGGCACUGUCAGCAAACGACUGGUAAUAGUAAGAAAUGGAUUUUACAAUUACCAGAACAUUUGCAAAUGGAACAUAUGAAAGACUGCGAUAGGAAUACAUUACGCCAAAGAGUUAUACAAGCUUUAUUUCAUUGUUACCAACCAUUUAAAGAGCGUUUACAAAAACGCUACUCCUUGGAAAUGUUAGUAGGGCGAACAUAUGUAUCGUCAUGGCAUAAACAAGUUCAAUGUGUUUGGAUAAUGUGCUUUAAAUUUAAACUCAACUUUCCUAUAAAUUCCGCAACCACUGCAACACAAAAAUUUCAAAAGAAAUUGGAAAACAAUGAAAACGACACUGCUACUGAUAGUGUUGUUAACGAUUGGGAAUGUCUGGCUGAUGAAGAAAACAAUAAUUUAUCCCAUUUUAAAAACACUGCCUCUUCAUCAACUUCUACUAUCAAUGAUCUCGAUGGCACCAUUAUUUUAGUUAUAUGUUGUGAUCGAUUUAUUCCUUUCCCAUCGGAUAUUGUUUAUAAUCAUGCUACUAGUGCUUUUCGUUUUGCCGCCAGCAGAGAGUUAUUGUCAACUGAUAUGAGAUCAAUAAAUUUAGAAUUGGAUUUUGUAUCUGGUACAAGGGAUCAAACUAUAACUGUUAAAUAUACAAAAAUACAAAAGUUCAAAGUACUUCCAUGGUGGCAUCCUGAUUUUAGAAUAUUAAAUAAAUGUUAAUACAUAGUUGUUCUUUUUAAGAUGAUAGUGGCUCAAUAGAUAUUAUAAGAUUUUGAAAAGUUAUUUUGAUAAUAAAUAUAUGUAAAUUUUAAA